UAUAACUGUUGGAGGCAGUUUCUAACACAGGAAGUUGAACUGUUAUAAGGAGAAAGUAGAAAUUAAAGAACCAUCAUGGAAAUGAUAUCAAGGAGAAGAAAAAGUAGUAGAAAGAUGUCAGAAAAUAUGGAUAACAUUGUAGGAGAAGAAAGUGUAGAUGACCAUCUCCAAAAAGGUUCUCAAUAUGUAUACCACAACUCUGAUAUUCUUGGUUUUUAUUUUUUAAAUAAGCGAUUAAUCCAAAGUGUCUUAUAUGAUGUUGAUUUAGAUACAGAAGGAAAUGAAAGUAUACGAAAGACACUGAGAGGAAAAGUAAGAGAAAAGUUUAAAAAUGCUAAGAUUAAUCAAGGUGGAAAACCUUCAGUUCAGUUGCUCACCAAGAAGAUAUGUCAGUCACUGCUUACCCCACAGUCUAAAGUCUCGCUGGAUGAAGGUCUUUCAUUUUUCAUUCUGAAUGGUGAAGAAAGCUCAGCGUUGGACCAGUCUUCAGAGCAGAGAUCAGUAAAUGACAAUUACCCCAAAUACUUUUCACUUGAAAAUAAUUUACAAAAUGUUGCCGAAAGCCAAGAUGAAGAUUUUAUGGAAGAAGUCAUUUCUACAGAUUUAAUUGAAAUAAAAGCUUCUGAAUAUGAAGAAGAUCAAGAACAAAUAAAAAAACAACAAACAAGUAUUUUUGUACCAAGUAGUUCUCCAGUGGACAGCCAGCAUAAAUUGCCAAAAGAUAUGAUGCCACGCAUUUUAGAAGAUGAAGGGUUCUAUGUUCAGAGAAAGCCAAAAAUAUAUAAGAAGAUCUGCAACAAAAUGGAAAAUCGCCUGCUUAAAUUAGAAGAGGGAAAGUGUUGGUUUGAAGAAAGUGGAGAAUUAAUGUCAUUACCUACACCUAUUAAACAGUCAUGGAAUUUCCUACUAAACAUAAGCAAGGAAUCUUUAAAUCCAGCGCUAAAGACCAGAUACAGGAAGGCAGUAAAAUAUGACGUAGGAAGCUCUUUUAGGAAGAAAAUUGGAAGUCAAAGGGAAAUGUACCAAUUAGAUCUCAAUAUUGUGGGUUUGCAAUUCAGCCAUCAUCAUCUCUUCAACCAAGAACAAGUGUUAUGUGCUAGGCUGCUCCAUCUUUAUGAAUGUUUUCAGGACAGGCAGCAACAGAAUUUACCUCAGCUACUUUAUGAGAAGCUGAAAGCAUUGACAGAUGCUACCAAAUUAGCAAAUGAAAAUUCAAAUGCAUACCAGCUGACCAGAAAAUCUCUACAAGAGUAUAAUUGGCAGAUAAGUAAUACGAAACAGCUAUAUGACUUAGAAAGGAAUAAGGACCUCUCCCUACUACAAAGUAUAUUACGGACUUGGAAACAGAUAAAAUCUCUUCGACAACAGCAAGGGUUUACAAGCACCACAGUAAAGUUGCAGGUUCAGAGGACAAAAAGAAAUAAAUAUGAUGAACAAGAACAAGGGCAAAUGUCAGAAAUGUAUGAGACUGAGGAGAAAACUGAAGGAAAAGCACUUACCAGUGAAGGAAAGCAGGAGAACCACUCAUAUUUAGCUUCAGAUCUUAAAGAAACAGAAAUCAAAAGAAUAAAGCCAAUUAAUUUGAUGCCACAACUUUCCUUCAUUGAAGAAUUAACAAACUUAUCCAAGUGUUCAGUGCAUGAACAAAAAAGGAGAAGCAAAAUUCAGAAGCUUAAAUAUUUUAUUAAAAUAUUUUACAAUGAUAAGCAAGUUUCUCGUACUUCAGUAUCUCCCCUACAGUUUGAUUUUAAAGUCAUGUUUCAGCAAAUUUUCAAUAUUCGGUUAUUGUAUUGGCCUGAAACAAUUUGCUUGAAGGUUUAUGAAAUAAGUAAAAGUACAAGAUUACUGGCAAAACUAUAUUUACCUUUCCCUAACUACACAGAGCUGAAAGGCAAAAGUAUUUUGGAAUAUGUAGAGUUUAGCUCUGAUAAGCUGGUCACACCUGUGGAUGGAGAAGUAGGAAGCAAUGUGCCUUUUAUUCUUGGGGAAAAUGGAACUGAAGAACUGUGUCUUUUAACUUCGGGAAAACUUAGCUAUUCUCUUUCCUGGGCCUUAGAUGAAAAUGGCAUUCCUUUGACACCUCUGUCCCAGUUAUCAAGAUCUACUUACUGCAGUAUGUUAAGGAAUGUGGAUGCAAGAGGGGUUCCUGGAAUUCCAUGGCUCACUAAUGCACAGAAGCUUUUUGAAUGGGCAAACGAAGUCAGAAUUGAUCCAAAUAAUCCAGAAUAUUCUGAUUUAAUGGAAUUUAUUAGGCACAUGAGAUAUAAGGAACAGGUUAUUCCAAAGUAUUUCCGUCUUGAACAAUUGCAAGAUGAAUUUAACUUUGUUUCUGAAGAGGAGAUAAUAAAGAAUAAACGUUUCCAGCUAUUUCAGCUUAGAAACACAAGUCUAUUAGAUAUUUUCCCUGUACAGCAAAUACCCCUCUAUGAAAGAGAAAUUCCAGAUUCAGUCUUCCAGGAACAUGAAAGUAAGACAGAGAAGGAUAUUACAGAUGUGAAUUCUAUUACUACACAAAGGAUUGAUUCUGCCAAUUUCCUGGAAAAGAUGAGAAGAUUGAUACUGAAAAGAAUUGUCAAAAUUAGCAAAUUUAACUUGUCAGAUAUUGUGACAGAUUAUGAAGAAAUUGUAUCUACAAGCCAGUUGGCAGAUGCAGUUUGUAAGUUUAUUAAACCACGAAGAAAAUUAAAGCCGCAGAGAAAAGAAAGGAAAAAAGUCACAGCACAAAGUAUCUCUGAUGGAGAUAUUAAGAUUCUUGUCAGAAUAGUAAGAGCCUAUAAUAUUCCUACGAGGAAAGCAAUAGUUAAUAGAGUCUUGGAUAUGCCUACUUCUUUGACAUCUGUAUCUCGCCUCAAACAUAAAGAAUCGAUCCAGUCAGUAGUCUCAGAUGAGCUCCUGAAUGAGGAUAUAGUACACCCUUUUGUAGAAGUUUCUUUCCAGCACACUAUAUACCAAACCAAUGCUGCAAGUGGAUCUCAUCCAUGCUGGAAUGAAGAAAUUAAAGUAGAUUUUAUCUCACCAGGACAUGAUUAUAGCUUCUCAAGUUUAUCUAAAAUAAAAGAUAACAUAUAUAUAAACAUUUUUGAUGAAAUGAUGAUUGAAAAACAUGAGGAUCGCUGUCUCAAGAGCUGUAAUGGUCAUUCAUAUAUAAGAAAGAAUUGGCUUGGAUCCAUUAUCUUCCCUUUUUCUGCUCUUCUGCAACAAUCUGAGAUAAGUGGAACAUUUCAAGUAAACAUUCCACCAGUUUUGCUUGGAUAUACUUGGAGUAAGACUUAUGUAUCUCCUACAGAAGAUUACAAUGGGCAGAAUUUAAAAGACUGUACCUUCAUAAAUAUUUUUGCUACCAUUGAACCUCAAAUAUCAUAUGUCACCUAUACUCCAAAGACAGAUAAGUUUUCAGAUCAAAUAGAUGUUUUACAAAGAGCUCAGAUCUUUAAAAAGAAUUGCAAGGCAAUGUUUCCUAACCGAAGAAUCACAACUACUGUUUUUAAUGAUGAAGGCAUACAGAUCUUAGUAACAAGAUAUAUCAAGGCAUUAAAUCCACCUCAACAAUUUCUGGAAAUAUUUCUUCGUGAUUCUAGGGCAAUAUUUGACCUCAUUGCUCAAUUUGUAUCUCUGAUUCCUUUUAUACCUGAUACACUGGAUGAAAAUGAUGAUACUGAUAUAUGGAUGACAUCAGAGCGCGUCAUCACUUUGGCCCUUGGAAAUAAGGAGGAACAUGCCAUACUUCUCUGUAAUUUCUUUCUGUAUUUUGGGAAGAAGGCAUUGGUCCUACUGGGAACAUCAGUGUUAGAAGGACAUGUGGCUUAUGUAUUAACUCAAGAAACUGAUGAAUAUUUGCUUUGGAAUCCAUCAACUGGGCAACAUCACAAUCAGUUUGACCCAUUUUGUCCCUUACAAAGCGUAGACUGUUUGUUUGAUGAUAGAAAUGUCUGGUUUAAUAUUCAACAAAAUAAUAUACCAAUGGCUGUCCAUUUUGACUAUUCAAAGGAAAGUUUCUGGAAACAGUUGCUGCCAAAAAAUUUCCCAGAGACAAAAGUACAAAGUAUUCAGCCUGAAGAAAUAAAUUAUACUGAGACUAACAAAGCCAUGGUAGAAGAUCUAAAGAACAGGAUUGAAAGAACGCUAAAGUGUAAAAUGAUGGAAUGGCGAUCUCAACACCCAACACGUUGGAAUCGACAAUGUACUUCUAUUUUACGACAAAUCCUUCCUAAGCUAGAACUUGGCAUGGAAAGGUUUGCUUCAUCUGAGGAAGAGAGUGAAUUUGAAAAAUUACUACAACUUUAUUGGGUUGUAGGAUUUCCCAUCCAGAUGCCAUACACGGAUCUACAGUCAGUUAUUGAUGCCGUGUAUCAAACUGGAAUUCACUCUUCUGAAUUUCCCCAGACAGAAUUUGCUUUAGCUGUAUACAUUCACUCCUACCCAAAUAACAUAUUAUCUGUGUGGGUCUAUUUGGCUUCCUUAGUCCGGUAUCAGUGA